AUUAUUGAAUGUCUGCAUAUGUAUAUAUAUAUACAAGCAACUGGGAUUCAAGCAUAUUCCAGAAUGGAAUAAUUUUAAAAUGAAGCAGUCUCUAUUGAAUUGAAUUCCUCCUUCGUCCACUUGCCAGUUGGCCAAUUGAAUUCGGUAGAAAAUAAUGGCGAAUGUAUUGAUUCGUAUGAUUCAAAAGGAAAGUAAGGGAUAACUGGUUUGGAUUGCGAAAUGUGAACUUGCAUUGACAGUAAACACAAUGCUUUGCCGUAGCAACGAGCAGCAUGAUUGAUAAUAACAUUUCUUAAUAAGAAUAAUUAUUUACUACCAUCUCAAAUGACUACGAUGGUAAGUGAAAUCAAUUAUCUUAUAUGCUUGUUUACUGUCACUUUGUGACGGAAAGGAGUCAACGGUGUCGGUUUCUCCUACGUAUGCCGUUUUUGAACUCGCGCUGCGUUUGCAGAAGAGGCCGCAGAAGCCGAUUCGAGGCCUCUAAUGUUUUUAGGGUCAUGGGGUGAACCCAGAUAGCACUUUUUCGUGGACGCGCUUUCCUAAUCCAAGAGAAAGGUGCCAUUUAAUGGAAUUCGGGUGCCAGUUGUGCGAGCGAAUAUAGUCUACAAGUUCUUUAAAAUUUUAAAUGAAGUGAUGUGGUGGCGCAUGGCACUGCUGCAAUUAUCUUUGAUUAAACAUAACAUUCUUUGGUCAGAAUGGCACUGAAAUCAAUAUCUUAACGCCUGAUGUACGAACGAAUGGGCGCCCACUUCUGUGGGCUACCAAUCAGUAUCAAGUCGGUUGAGAGAGGGAACAGAGUCUCUGUAGCACGUAGUCAACGUGAAACCCAUAAGGAAGUUGGAGAAAAGAAGAGGAUCAGAAAGCAGGGCAGACCAAUGCAAGAAUCACCAACACCUUUCCUCCGCUUUCCUAGAACAUUUCUCUGUUCUUCCUUUCUCCCAUCCCAGGUAUUAUGGGCCCUUUGCUAUUAUUGGCCUUAGCCAUCAUAUCAUCAUCAUGUACUCUUGCUUCUGGGAUUGUUUAUAUGGAGUUAGUGUACCCGAACUUCACGGCUUCUCAUCUCAAGUUCAUUGACAGCGCAGGUAGCUUCUUAGCCUCACGCAAUGGGACGUUCAAAGCUGCUAUGUUCAACCCUGGUGGUGAGCCAACAAACUUUUAUUUGUGUGUCAUUCAUGCGGCGUCCAAUACAGUCAUCUGGUCUGCAAAUGGUAACGCUUCUGUUUCAGAGUUUGGAAAGAUGAGUCUAACUCGUAAUGGUAUUUCAAUUACGGAUCAAUAUGGCAAUUUUAAAUGGUCAACACUGCCAUUAAAGUUACCAGUAUUUGCGCUUCAGUUAACUGAGCAUGGAAAUCUCAUCUUGCUCAAUCAAUUUAAUGAUACUCUUUGGGAGAGCUUCGAUUAUCCAACUGAUACAAUUGUUAUUGGGCAGAACUUGCCAGUUGGGAAAUCACUAUCCAGUGCUGCUUCAAAUGGUGACUUAUCAAUUGGUGAUUACAAGCUUGUACUUGGUGCCUCUGAUACUUUACUGCAGUGGCAGAAUAUCACAUACUGGAAACUAUCAAUGGAUUCCAGAGCUUACACAAACUCCAAUUAUGUAGUGGAGUAUAUGGCGAUAAACCAGACAGGUCUUUACCUAUUUGCUCAUGAUGCUACUGCAGUUGUGAUUAUGGUGAACUUGUCUCCCUCUGAAUUCCGAAUUGCCAAGUUGGAUGCUUCUGGCCAGUUGAUCAUCGGUAGCUUUUCUGGUACUAGCUUGAAGCAGGAAUUUGUGGGGCCAUCUGAUAAAUGCCAAAUUCCUUUAACUUGUGGGAAGCUUGGUUUGUGCAGCGAUACUGAUGCAUCAAAUGGUCCUGUCUGUUCUUGUCCAUCUAACUUCCAUGCUAGCUCACAGCAUACAACUGAUUGUGUGCCAAGUGAUGAUUCUCAUUCCUUGCCAGUUUCUUGUCAUUUAACUGAUAAGAACAAUAAGCAGAACUCUACGUUGGUAUCAUAUUUGGGACUUGGCUAUGGUAUUGACUACUUUGCUAAUGAUUUCACCACGCCUAUCAAGUAUGGUGUAAACUUGUCUGUAUGUCAAUAUAUUUGCUCAUCUGACUGUUUGUGCUUGGGAGUUUUUUAUGAAAACUCAUCCGAGUCUUGUUACGUGCUUCAAAACAAGUUGGGAUCACUUAUGUUGAGUACUGGAAGUAAUAAUGAUCGAAUUGGAUUUAUUAAAACACUUCUCAGAUCUUCAACUCCAAAUUAUGGUAAGAAUAAUAAUAGUGACGAUAAAGGAGCAGGAUUUCCCCUAGUUGCUUUAGUCCUCUUGCCUUUUACUGGGAUGUUCCUAGUAGUUGCACUGGGAUUGCUCUGGUGGAGAAGAUCAGGAAUCAUCAGAACUGGAAAGUUAAACCUAGCCUGCCCAUCCUCUCCUUCUUCCGGGGACCUGGAGGCCUUCUCCAUCCCAGGAUUACCCAUAAGAUUUGAGUAUGUGGAGCUUGAGGAAGCGACCGAUAACUUCAGGACACAGAUUGGCUCUGGUGGGUUUGGUGCAGUGUACAAGGGUACACUCCCGGAUAACUCUUUAGUGGCAGUAAAGAAGAUUACUAAUUUUGGUGUUCAAGGGAAGAAGGAUUUCUGCACUGAGAUUGCCAUUAUUGGAAAUAUUCACCAUGUCAAUUUGGUCAAGUUGAGAGGCUUUUGUGCUCAAGGUAGAGAAAGGUUGUUAGUUUAUGAGUAUAUGAAUCGUGGCUCUUUAGACCGAACACUAUUUGGUAGUGGGCCGGUCUUGGAAUGGCAAGAAAGAGUUGACAUAGCAAUUGGAACGGCACGUGGGCUUGCAUACUUGCAUACUGGGUGUCAACAGAAGAUUAUCCACUGUGAUGUCAAGCCAGAGAACAUUCUCCUCCACGACCAUUUCCAGGCAAAAAUAUCUGAUUUUGGGCUUUCAAAACUGUUAAGCUCUGAGCAGUCUAGUCUAUUUACUACAAUGAGAGGCACCCGUGGCUAUCUUGCUCCUGAAUGGCUUACUAGCUCUGCAAUUUCAGAUAAAACUGAUGUUUAUAGUUUUGGAAUGGUAUUGCUCGAAAUUGUAAGUGGAAGAAAAAACUGCUCCUUGAGAACACAGACCCACAGUAAUGAUGAUGAUAACAGUGGCGGUGGCAACUCAUUAUCUUCAUCAGAACAGGGGCUUGUGUAUUUCCCGCUAUUUGCAUUAGAGAUGCAUGAGCAAGGUAGGUACUUGGAACUAGCUGACCCAAGGCUAGAGGGGCGGGUUACUAGUGCAGAAGUGGAGAAAUUUGUGUGUGUUGCAUUGUGUUGUGUUCAUGAGGAGCCUGCACUUAGACCAAAUAUGGUGACUGUUGUCAGCAUGUUGGAAGGUAAACUCCCUUUUGGUCGGCCUAGGAUGGAGUCGUUAAACUUUUUGCGCUUUUAUGGGCGCCGUUUUACUGAGGCUUCAACUAUAGAAGAUAACAAUUGGCAAGACGAUUACAUGUUGCAUCCACAGGCAAAUGCUUCUCUUACAAGCACAAAGAGCAGCUCGCCUAUUUUCUUCUCUUAUAUAUCAUCACAGCAGAUCUCAGGCCCACGAUAGUACUAUCAACUGCCUGAGAUUUAAGAACUAGUAUGUUAUUCAUUGUGAAUUAUUGGUUUGCCACCAACAUUGGUGAUUCUGUUUUUUUAUGGGCUGUUGCAUUUUUUAUGAUGAUGUCCAAAAUGCAAUUCCUACAUCUCAGUAUAUGGUAAGGUUCUUGUCGUGGCUUGUACAAAGUGAAUGAGUUUAACUUGAGGACUAUAGAUGAAUGCAUCCGUGUGUUCCAUUUGGUCA